AUGAACACAAAUGAAGACGUUGUAAUGAAUAGUAUCAACCAAACAUUGAUGACCCACUCAGAAGCUUUCGGAAUCAUCUUUAAACAUAUUGAGAAUUUCUCAAAAACAUUGGACGGAUUAUCUAACCACAUCAAUAAUCGGAAACAAAAGGUAAAGUCAGUUAAAUUAGUCUCCGACAGCAACCAACCAAUUAAACCUAAACAACCUCUUCCUCCAAAAACAACACUCAUAGAACAAACUCCAUCCCCUGCACAUCCUUAUCGAACUGAUGGACCAUCAAACCAAAUAUCUAAAAUCAAAAAUAUUACACAUCCAACAAACAAAUCGAAAAUCAACAAUCAAAAUAAGACAACAAACUUCAUCACCAACACAAACCUCACCAAACCAAUUGAAACAAGCACAAACCUCAUCAAACCAAUUGAAACAACUUCAAAGCCCCAAAGUCAACCCCAGCUUCAAUCUAAGAGCCCACCUAUCAACACCAGCUUCAACCUGAAUGAAUCGCAAUCGUCAUACUUGCAAAUAGCCAAGACAGCCAAGAACAUUACAUUUGAUCCAACAAAAAAAACUCCGCAAAUCAAAUCCUACAAUACAACAACAACCAUGUACCCUCCUGCUAAAAGAGCUAAAACAAUUAACUAUUCUCACUGUGUAUCUAUUUACCUCAGUAAGCAUAUCGACUCAGACAUCACUGAAUUUAUUACAGAUGCAGUCAAAGAAAAACUUACAUCAUGGUACAUACCUAACAACAAGACGCACGUACUCCAACUUGUCUGUAACAAUCAUGAAGAUUAUGUAUCAACCUUGGGAAUUUUAAACUCACAAUCAACAAGAGACUCCAGUCCAUUCAAAUACGUUGUGACUCCUAUGAAUUUCUCACCAGCUGAACACACCCUCAAAUAUCAUACUUCAUCAUAUGACGAGAUGAUGAAGUAUACUACACACAUUAUCAAAAAUUUUUGGAAAAGAACUAAUGGAGUUAAAGAAACUAAUACCAGUUAUGACAGAGUCCAAAAGCUUUAUAAAAUCAGAAUAGCAGUUGAAUCUCUUGAAGAUAAAGAAUAUUUUAUGGCAAGGAAAUAUUCUGAAUACCGAUCCAUUGACCAGAUCAUAACAGAAUCUAAGCUUAACUGCUCUUGCAAUUUUUCAUCCCUCUACACAGAGAAAGAUAUCAAAACUGCGAUACAAAAGAUGGUGGAAAAAAGCAACUGUGUCUUCCAAUCAAACCACUUAGAGAUUAUUAACAAACCUAGCCCAUAUCGCCCUGGAGAGCAUUAUUAUAUAGCCAAUUACAAAGCAACUAAUGUUGCAGAAUUGGAAAAAAUUACAAAAUUCCCAACAAGUAUCACUCCACCAAAUGGCACAAAACCAACCUCAAAAAACUCAUAUCUACAACCAAAUAUUUGGUAG